AUGAGAACUUAACUUAUCUUAUUCGCUGCCCUCUCUUUGCUCCUUAUUGGUUCAACUGUUUAUGUUUACUAAAGAGAAUAAGCUAAACAAGCUGAAAAUGAACUUGAAAAUUACGCUGUUUCUUGUGGUAAGUGUGGGUGGAAUGCUGUUAAGGUCUUUACUGCAUGUCCAGCUGCCGUUGCUGAAGACGGUUUGAAUCCUUGGGUUGAUUAUUCCUGUGUUUCCAACUUUAUGAAUGGAGGUCCUAACUGCAAGAGCUGCAUCUGUGAAUUAUGUGAUGCUUUCGGUAAAAGAGUCAAAGGUUGCUGA